GCCAUCAGGGCCUCCAGCCUGACUUCUGCAGCCUGUUGGGCCCAAGCCCCAUCCCGGUGGUCUCAGGACCCACUCGUGGGCAGGGCCCGAGACGAUGAUCCCACCGGGGGAGUGCCUAUAUGCCGGGAGGAAACGCAGGAAGCCUGUUCAGAAACAGAGGCCCGCCGUGGGCGCUGAGAAGUCGAACCCUUCCAAGCGGCACCGGGACCGCCUGAAUGCUGAGCUGGACCACCUGGCCAGCCUGCUGCCACUGCCGCCCGAUAUCAUCUCUAAGCUCGACAAGCUUUCCGUCCUGCGUCUCAGCGUCAGCUAUCUCAGGGUGAAGAGCUUCUUCCAAGCCCUGCAGGAGAGGUGCCCAAGGCAGCUGGUGGCUGCUGCCCCGUCGCCGGGAGACCGGGGUCCACGCAGAGGGUCUGCAGGCUCGGCUGUGCUGGAGGGAAGGCUGCUGCUGGAGUCCCUCCACGGCUUCGCUCUGGUGGUGAGCGCGGAAGGGAUGAUCUUCUACGCGUCAGCCACGAUCGUGGACUACCUGGGCUUCCACCAGACGGACGUGAUGCACCAGAAUAUUUACGACUACAUCCACGUGGAUGACCGCCAGGACUUCCGCCGGCAGCUGCACUGGGCCAUGGACCCUCCUCAGGCAGGGUGCGGGCAGCCCCUGCUCUCGGAGACAGGAGAGGAUGCGGUCCUGGGGAGGCUGCUCCGGGCCCAGGAAGGGGGCGCAGACCCGCCCACCGAGUACUCGGCCUUCCUGACGCGCUCCUUCGUCUGCCGUGUGCGCUGCCUGCUGGACAGCACCUCGGGCUUCCUGACGAUGCAGUUUCAAGGACGACUGAAGUUCCUCUUCGGACAGAACAGGCGGGCGCCCUCCGGCGUGGCCCUGCCCCCACGGCUGGCCCUGUUCUGCGUGGCGGCCCCUCUGGCCCUGCCCCCCGGCGUGGAGGUGAGGAUGAAGACCGUGUACCUGAGGGCGAAGCACAGGGCGGACGUCCCGGCCUCAACCGACGCAAAAGCAAAAGCUGCCUCACGUCUCUGCGAAUCAGAAUUGCUCGGAAACCCCAAUUACUCAGCAGGGAGAAGCAACGGAGAAAAUGGCCUCUCCUUGUUCAGGGCGCCAGAGGACGCCUGCCGCUGGGGCCGGCUCACAGCCCGGGGCCCCUGCCUGUGCCUCCGGGGAGGCCCUGACCUUGUCCUUGGCCUCGAGGGCACCGCAGGGGCCGGGGAAGGAGAGGAGCUCGGGGGGCUCCCGCGGGAUGCGCCCCCGUACAGCUGCCGCCUAGAGCCCCUGGGCCCUGUGAAGCACCCGGACUGGGCUGCUGGGAGGCACAGUCAGGACAGCGGCAGCGCCAAGCGGAAGCUGGAGCCCGGCAAGGCCGACCCGUUCCCCGCCGCCCCGGCCCGCGGUGCCUGCUUGCCCUACCCGGGUGCGCAGGGCGCCGUCCACUCCCUCCGGAGCGCACCCAGCUCACACCCGCCCAGGCCGCCCCCGGGGGCCUGCGCCGGCCGGACCAGCAGAGCCCUGAGGGACGGGCACCAGGGCCCAGCGCCGCCCCCCACCCCCGGCCCCUUCCCCCAGGGGGGCCUGGACAGCAGGGUCCCUCGGCCGGCACUCCAGCAUCUCCCGGUGGGCGGCUACCCUGCUGAGGACAAGCUGCGAGGCCUUCUGAUGCCCCCGGGAGCCCCGAGUCACCCCACGCUGUCGCUCGACGUGCCCAUCAAGAUGGAGAGUGACUCGGGGUCCGAGGAUGCAGCGGAUGGCUACUGCGUGUCCCCAGCCCAGGUGUGGCUGGGGGCCAGCAACCCAGCCAAGAGACAGCUGGCCACCUUCCCAACCAAGAUGCACCUGAAGACGGAGCCAGGCGCCAGGCAGCCCCUGUACAGCCCACCCCCAGGCCCUGGCCUGCUGGGUGCCCCGCCCAGACCCGGCAGGGGGCUGGCCCCGCUGCACCCCGUGUCCUGUGCCUGCCUGGAGCCCCCGCCCCCGCCCCGCCUCUGUGUGCGGAGCCACCAGCCCCCCAACCUGGGCUGCAACUGCCGGGCUCCCGGGCCAGCUCCCGCAGUCAAGCUCGAGCCCCUGGACUCGCCCCUGUGGGCAGCUCACGGCCAGGGCGGGCCGCCUGGGCUGUUCUCCAAGAGCGCCCCGGCCGCAGGGAUGCCCCCCAGGGACGCGCAGUGCGCCUUCCUGCCCUAGAGCUGCCGGGCCCCACGGACAGCUCUCCGGCCCAAGCCUUCCCCAAGGGAAGCACGUGCAAUGGCAAGUUCACAAAAGCCCUAAGAGCAGGGUGGUCGUCAGCUGCUCGAGAGUGGCAGGUUCUCCUCUGAAGAGCACGGCUCCCCACCCCCACCCCAGGUCAUCUCCCCAGCAUCUCGCAGGGAGCAGACCUCGGGGAACAGCCGCACCCUGGUGGCCCACUGCCGAGACAGCUAACUGGAAGUAAGGCUCACUGAAUGGCAGGUGGCCACAUGCUUGUGCCUGGGAGGAAUCUAGAACUUCAGCCAGAAGAGGCUGAUGGCACCGGGCCGCCCUCCACUCCAACGCGCAGUGUGUGCUCGAAACACUGGCCUAGGCUGAGGCCGGCCCGGAUCGGGGAUUGGCCAGGUCUUGUGCAGUUCUUGCUGCAGUCUCUCUGGGGUUGCAGCAGCCUCCAACGGGGGUCCCUGCUCAUCUGACCCCGCUGCAUCACGUCACCUGGUGCACAGGGUGGAGCCCAGAAGCACAGCACGAGGGGAAGGAAGGAGUUGGUCCAGGUGUCAGGCUGCUUUGCUGACUGCAGGCCUUCAGAUGACUCUGAUCAUCAUCACAAAAGGAACUAGUCGAGACGAGACAGACAGGCAGCAUUUUAUAAAACGGCAAAAAUUGUAGGGACAUCCCCUGUGGUUCUGCGGUUAAAUGCCUGCAGGGGGUGUGGGUUCGAUCCCUGGUCAGGGAACUAAGAUUCCACAAGCCGCAGGGUGCGGCCAGAAAAAAAGAAAAAAAUCGUGAAGGGAACACAUUCUGAACGUAGGGAAUUUAGGUGCGAAAGAAGAAAUCAGAAAGCGGAGGCCACCCGCAGUCACCACGGAGAGCUCAUGGCUGAGGGCAAAGGUCACCACACCUUCCGGGCGACCUCACUCCACAGGUGCAGUCUGGGCAGGGGGUGACACCAGGGGACAGGGCCACCACUGGGCAGGAGGAAGCUGGCUGGAGGCCCUUCCUCUUUACAGCACGAGCGUCUGUCCUCAGUCACCCCCGGCCCCAAGAGUCUCAGGACGUGCUGGGGCCCCAGUGGGGACUUGCAGUCCCACCGAUUCAGCAAGGGGUCUUUCUGUCUGUCAUCUGUAGCUUCGGGGUGUCAGCGUUCAGCUCCUGAGUUGGGGGUGAAGCUGUUUGCUUCAUUCACCUUGUCGAGCUCAGGACAGGGCCAGCAGGACUGGGUCUGCUGGACUCAGGCGCACCUGGGGGUGCCCUAACCCUCAGCAGCCUGCUUCCUGGAAGGGCUUCCCCAGCAGCGUGGUACGGGUUGAAGGUUUCUUCCCGGGGUAACAGAAGUUACCCGUCAGAGCCUGGGUUCAGUUCAGUUCAGUUCCGUUCAGUCGCUCAGUCGUGUCCGACUCUUUGCGACCCCAUGAAUCGCAGCACGCCAGGC